AUCUUCUGCAAUCGUCUUCCCUGCCGCGAUUCUUCAUCACCAUCAUCAGUUUCUUCUUCGUGGAAGGGAGAGGAGCCAUAUACGAACUUCAUGGCUGUUCGACGACGUCCAGUGCUCUGCUCACGAAAAACAGACGGAAGUUGGCCGCCGUGAUUGGCCGAUGCAUCGCUGGAAACCUCAGAGAGGAAGAGGGAGUCACGGUUGCCGUCGCUGCUGUUGCCCCGUCGCAUGUUCGCCAGAGAUUAUUCGCCCGUUUGUUUUAUUUAAUUGGUCAAACUAAUCGAGGUAACAUGAAUGAUGAAUGAGGAACUAUCCUGGAGGGCAGCGAGGGCAGAGAAGAUGGAUGGAUGCUUGCUGGAGGAGUUAUCUAGUUUAAUUAUUGCAUUUGAAUUAAUUAUGUUUUUAAGGGCAAGAACCCAAAGAUGUGUGCUUGAAGGCUUCGAUUACCUCUUGGUAUCUCGAUAGCGGAUGCUCCAAGCACAUGACCGGAGACGCAUCCAAAUUUAGGAGUUUAGAGUAUUUCAAAGGUGGCAAUGUUGUUUUUGGUGACAACAACAAAGGAAGAAUCAUUGGAAGUGGCACCGUCGGAAAGGACAAUGCUACAACCGUUGAGAACGUUCUUCUUGUUGAGGGCCUCAAGCACAAUCUUCUUAGCAUUAGCCAAUUGUGCGAUAAAGGUAACCGUGUCAUCUUUGAUUCUAGAAAAUGCAUUGUAGAACGCUUGUGUGACAAUAAGACUAUUCUUUGUGGUAGUAGAGUAGAUAACAUUUACAUGUUUGAUCUUGAAAAUUCCCCGUCUACUUUAGCUAAGUGUCUCAUUACCAAAGAGGAAGAAACGUGGCUAUGACAUCGUCGGAUAGCUCACGUUAAUAUGGAACAUCUUAAUAAGUUGGUUUAUAAAGACUUAGUAAUUGGUGUUCCUAAACUUAAGUUUGAGAAGAAUCUAAUUUGUGAUGCAUGUCAAAAGGGGAAGCAAGUAAGGGCCUCGUUUAAGUCAAAGAACGUUGUUUCUACGACUAGGCCAUUACAACUUUUGCACAUGGACCUUUUUGGACCUUCAAGAACUAUGAGUUUAGGAGGUAAUUACUUUGGCUUUGUUAUCGUUGAUGACUAUUCGAGGUUUACAUGGACACUCUUUCUUGCUCAUAAGUAUGAUGCACUUAAUGCUUUUAAGAAAUUCAUUAAAUUGGU